AUGGACAAGGGAUGGCCUUGUUAUCUUCAGAAUAUACCUGGAAAACCCUCCCUAUCCUUUCCAAAAGACCUCAGUCUGCAUUUCGACCUUCCGGAAGACAGAGCACCCAGGUUCUCUCAAGUCCACCAGAGUCACUCCGACAAGAAGACAGCAUCCGAGGUUUGCGACCUUUCGAUGAAUACCGUCCGGGAUAGGAAUUACAAAUGCUAUCCGAAAUCCAAAUCAGAUCCCGUUGAUAUAUGUAAUACUUUGCUUGAUUAUACAAAACUUGAAAGACUGAAAGAGCUAUGA